AUGCCUCCUGUUAAGCCUACACCUUAUCCGGUACCGCAUCUUCAGGCGGAAUUUAUUCGCCCCAUCUCCUUGCACAAUCCUCGCAUUGUGCCUCCUCAUCGAAUCUCUUCGUCGAAUCACCAAACCACAUCCUCACGCCACAUCUCCACAAAGAAUCUACGCAUUCCAUCACCAUGCCAUAUCUCCGUGCCGAAUCUUUACUCUGCCUCUCUGCACACCAUUUUUACAAAUAAUCUUCAAACAAUAUCUCUGCGCAAAAGUUAUGCUGGCAUCACCUCUCCUUAUCUCAGCCAGAAUCACUUGACCACACCUUUGCGCUGCCUCUCUGUACAGCAGAUCGACGCCCCACAUUCUCGUCGUUUCUCCACCUACAUCUAA